AAAAAUACUUUUCUCACCUAAUAUUAUUAUUCUUCAUAUCCCUUGUUACACCCGUCCCUGACCACCGGGAACACACAGCACAUACUGGACAUAAACAUGGAGCCACAGGGGCACCGCAAACACGGCCGCGACAUAUCGAACCUGCUGGACCCGUCCAAGGUCCCUGGCUCCAGCUUCUACGCAGCCUCGAACGGCACCGACCUGGGCGUGCAGGCGAUAUUCGCGGGCUCCAUGUUCAUACUGUUCAUCACGCUGUUCAGUAUUCUGCGGCUACGGUGGCCGUUUAUUUUCUCACCGCGCACACGAUUGACGAUUACAGCACCGCCGUUCCUGUCACCCAAAUUUUUUGGCUGGUUCAUGGCGACAAUGCGCACGCCCGAGACGCAUAUUCUGAACACGGUGGGGCUGGAUUCGGUCAUUUUCCUGCGCUUCUACAAAAUGUGCAUGCGACUUUUGCUGGACGUGGCCUUCCUUUCCCUGGUGAUCAUCUGGCCGAUCAACAUCCGCUGGUCAAAGGUCAACCUCGGCACAACCGCGAGCACUGUCACCGACGACGGAUCGACGGUCUCAGCGCCGCACGCAGUUACCGACUAUCUGUUCAAUCUGACGCUUAAUACCCGGGACCCGAAACAGAAGUGGAAUCUGAUCCCGCAUAUCGUGUUUGCGUACAUUUUCUCCGGACUCGCGUACUACCACCUCUCGCGGUUCAGCUCGCGGUGGGCGUCGCUGCGGUGGCAUUUCCUGAUGUGCUCCAGGCACGCCAUGGUGUCCCGCACAGUCAUGCUGACCGGCGUGCCAAGACACUUGGCGAGCAGCCCACGUGAGCUCGAGUGGUUCUGGGGGCCCGGUCUCAGACUGGGCAAAAUCGAACGGGUCCGAGUGUGCCCGUUCAACACCAAGCUGACCAGCGGGCUGCGCGAGCGGGCGCAGUACUUGCUGAAGCUGGAGCACGCGAUCAAGGCAGUCCUGGGCAACCCGUGCGUGCACCCAGAGUAUGACCCGGAGCGUCUCAAGGCACUGAUAAUGGACCCAUCCGAGCAGGCGCGCGCAGAGGCAAACCAGCUGCUGCUAAAGUGGGCCAAGCCGUCGCGCAAAACGAAAAUACGGAAGCUGCGUCGCCGGGAUGCUUUGCCAACGACAAAAAUCGAGAUCUCGGAAGUCGACGACAGUCCCACCGACUUCCGAGCAAGCGCAACAGUCACCGCAUCGCAUUUCGUCGCCAGCUGCGCGCGCGGCGUGCAUUUUGCCGACUCGGGCGAGUAUUUCCGCGGACCAUCGCAGUCAGCCUCAGCCACCCCGCACGACGUCACGGUCGAGGAGGUCGAGGAUAACGCUGCGGAUGACUCGGAUGUGGCGUGGGCGCUGCGGAGACCGAAAAUCUGGGUGAAGGCCAAGAACCACUGGUGGCAGCCGUGGAAGCAUGUCGAUGCAAUCGACUACUGGCGCGCAAAGUUUCUAGAGUCAGACAAGUGUUUCCGCGAGCUGCGACGCACGAUCGGCCGCGAGCGCGACGAGGUCGGCCGGUCCACCACGGCAUUUGUGACAUUCGAGGAUGCGGCAUCGGCGCACAUGGUCACCCAGCUGUCGUGCUAUCCAAACCCUGGGUACAUGAAGGCCAGGCUGGCACCCGAGCCCCGUGGCGUGUACUGGCCGAACGUGUGGAUCUCGAACCGGCGCAAGUGGGCGCUAUUCACAGCCAAGUGGUUUAUCAUUUUUGUUAUCUGGGCGUUCUGGUGCGCGCCGGUCAUCCUGGUUUCGUCGCUACUGACGCCAACUACGCUGCAAAAGGUGUGGCCGUCGCUAGAUCUUGACAACAGCAAAAUCCUGCGCUCUCUGCUCUCGACGACUGUGCCAUCGGUCUUCCUGCUGCUGUUCCUCAACAUGCUGCCGUGGAUCCUGAAGCAGGUGCAUUUCUUUACGGGCGUGCGGACCAAGCCCGACAUCGACUAUUCGGUGCUGACCAAAAUGUGGGCGUUCCUGGUGUUCAACGUCAUCCUGGUGUUUGGCUUCUCGGGCACGUUCUGGGAGCAGAUCCUCGAUGUGGUAAACAACCCCGGCACGGUCAUGCAGAGCCUUGCAACCAACAUCCCCAAGGUCGGUACGUUCUUCACUGGCUACAUCCUGGUGCUUGGCAUCGGCUACCAGCCAUUCAAGCUGCUGCAGCUGAGGCCCGUGAUCUGGCACAUUGGCCGGCAGUGGCUAUGCAAUACGCCGCGCGACUAUGCACGGCUGGUGUCGCCUGUCUAUAUUGACUGGUACUCGGUAUACCCGUACCCGCUGAUGGUUUUCGCAAUUGCCAUGAUCUACUCGACAUUCUCGCCGCCUGUGGUUGUCGGUGCGGUCAUCUACUUUGUAAUUGGCUACCCGGUCAUGAAGUACCUGCUGCUGUACGUCUACUUCCAUCCGUUCGAGACCGCUGGCAUGGUGUGGCCGCGUGUAUGUCGCCGCAUGAUCUUCUCAAUCAUCAUUUACCAGGUGGUCAUGAUGACAUUUGUCAUUGUCAAGGGCGGCGGCUGGUACACGUUCAGCAUGGUGCCGCUGAUAAUGCUGUAUCUGUGGUUCUUUUACCUGUGCGGAUGGUCGCUGGAAAAGCAAGGCACGGUGUUGCCUGUGUAUUUGUGGCGGAACCCGCCGCCCAACAGCUCGUACCCGCUGCCGCCUGAGACCGACGAGCAGGCGGUGUUCGAUUCAGAAAAGAUGCGGUCCAGUCAAUCAAUCGAUUCGCCAUGGCCACAGCGCAAACAGUCCACAACCCCGCUUGCAGGCAACCGCCGGCCGAACAAGCAGCUGAAUGUACGCAAGCUGAAUGUCUCGGUCGCCCAGCGUCAGAUAGCAGCCUCAGGGCAUCGCCGCGAGUCAAGCCGCAGCGCACGUACACGCGAUAUUAUCCUGUCCAGGACUACCCCGGCCGAUCAUAACGGUGCGGCUUCUGGAAGUAGCCCAGUGAGCCAGCGUCGCCGCCGCGGGUCAAGCACCGGCAACCUGAGUCGUGCGACUCCUCGGCAGGCUGCCAAGAUGCGCAAGCCGUCGUCGACGGCACUGAUGUCCCAGCAGCGCAUUGCGAAGAAGCGCAGGCGUAAGUACAAGAGCCUGGCGGAGGCGGCCACCACCGAGGGAUCCAGGCUGCUGAUAUCCCUGACGAGACUGCCAGCCGAGCUGCAUUCGCGGUAUAGCUCGGCAAACCAGUCCAAGCAGCAGAACAUCGGGAGGCAGGGCGAGGAGUCGAAGCGGUGGUCAAUGAGCCUGCUCAACCCGUUCUCCAAAGACGACUCGAGCGGUGCGAGCCAGGGGCUGCUAGAGUCGGAGAGCAAUGACGAUUUCGGAGACAACCCGCCGGCUCUGCAGCGUGUACCAGCUGACAGCGGAGCAGAUGUCAACUUCGCAGUCGCCCAGAGUAAGGCAGCGCAGCUUGGCCAAGCUCCUCUUUCUGUGCGCACGGUCCGGUCUCCGUUAGCCAUGCCGCCAGUCCGCCGCCAGCUGUCGUCGGCUGCUGCCGGAAAGAAGCCUAGUAUGCUGCGCCAGGAAGUGCGUAUCGGCAGUCAGCGCCGGCAGCGCGACAUGGAGGACGGCAAUGAGAGUGGGGAGUGGUCUGAUGUGGAGAGCGAGAGCGAGGACAGCAGCGACCAGCAGCACAAACCACAGAUGACGACGGCAGCAAUGACGUACCCGGCCAGUGCAUCGCAGCCAGGGCAGACAACCGCGGCUCUGCACGACGAUUGGGAUCCGCUAGUGUAUCUGAAGCAGCAGCCGUCUGCCGAUAUCCCUGCGGUACGGAAUGCCGGCACGCUGGGCACGUUGCUGAACUCAGUGCCAAAUCACCACUUGGACCAGCCAGGCAGUUCGUCCCUGCGCCGCCGCCGCCCGUACAAUAGCGGUCGGUCCGACUCAGUAUCAACUACCGACAAUAUUCAGGGCUACCAGUCAGAUACCGAGAGCGCCCAGGGCGUUGAGCGAGCGCGUGCCUAUGCUGAUUCUCUGGCGCCGACCGAGGGAGCUGGCUUCGGCACCCGCGCCAAGGGCACGCUGCAGCGUAUCCGUGACUACUUCUUGGCUGACUUCCGCCCGGCCCGGCCGAUCCUGGAUCUGACAUACGACAAGCUAUAUACGCAGGGCGAUGAAGAGCGGGAGCGCAAUGAGGCCGCAUUAGCUGACAGCCUGCCGCAGUUCCGCGAGCUCCUUGGCCGUGUCCUGCCGCGCUCCAUGUCUCGCAACUUUGUGCAGUCUCCGACUGCCAGCAGCCAGCAGCAUCCGACCAGCGUCCACACCCCGGCACACGGCGAGACUCCAACUGGACCAAAGCAUGUGCGCAGCGGCUCGGUUAUUACGCCGCUCGGCGAGAACGCUUACAUAAACACGCUACGCGGGUUUAGCCCAUGGUCUGCAGCUUCGGCUGGCGAAAGCGUGUAUAACACGGCGCCGCCAGCACGCGGGUCGCUGGGCCCGGCGUUUGGGAAGCGGAUUUCCAGCCAUUCGCGGUCGCAGUCGGCUGCUGUGCCUAUGCCUCUGAUGCGUGGUCUGACUACGCCCAUCAGCCGCACCAGCACAUCGCCACAGAUCAGCGAAAACAACAAGUCACUGGCCCAGGUGGUCGACGGAUUUUCAAAUGCGGUCAAGACAGACAACAGCCAGGAUCCGCAGCCAGCAGAGUCUCCCAGGCCCCUGUCAUCGCAUGCGCGCAGCAAGUCGGUCCACGCCCUGAUGGGCAUCUUCAUGCGCAAACCGUCGACGGCCGACAAGCCGCGCAGCGCACUGGCUGAAUCCGCGGCCCCGCUGAUCUCUGCUGCCCCGGCCGAGCCCAGCCUUCCCCCGCUGUCCAAGCAGGCGUGGCUGCCGCUGAGCGCUCGUGAGCACCCGCACGAGCCCAACACUUCGGCCCACGGCUCGGCGGGCACGGGCAGCCUGAAUUGGCCACCCAGGCUGUCUCGCGAGCCAUCGAGCAUCGGAUCAGCGCAGUCGGGAGUCAGGUCGACGCACAAGAACUCGCUGCCACCGCCGCGCAUCCAGCUGACCACGCGCAUGGUCACCGAGCUCAACUACCCGACACGCCGCACCGCGACGGCGUCAGUUGCGCCCUAUCUGCUGCCGCCCCGGGCCGACCCGAAUGGCGACCAGCUGAUCGCCAACUACCAGCGCUUUGCGGUCGAAGCCCAGUCGAGAUUCGCUGCGGACGAGUUCACCGACUAUUCACAGACACCAAUGCUCAAUGUCUUUGGCGUGCUGGACCGUGGCAUCCAGGACUAUGUGCAUCCCGGCCUUGUUGGCGAACUGCCGACGCUGUGGCUGCCGGAGAAGAAGCGUGAUUCGCAUGAGGGCGAGGAGGCGCCUGAGCCCGAACACAGCGAAGGCGGAGUUCCGGACGCUGCGGUAGAGCCAGAGUUCGCUGCAUCGGCUCCCCAGUGGGUCGUGAAUCGGCUGCUCAGUUACCGUAUGCCGAUGGCCAACCCCAACGCCAAUGGCAACGCCAACGAGGGCCAGUUCUAUCCGUCCGCUGCGGACCACGAAGAGUUGCGUGAGGUGCGCAUCCAGCAGGACCACUGAUGCGCUGGGGCUCCGGCCUGUUUCUUACAAAUUCUGUAUAUUUGCGGUUCGACCUUUAUAUAAUUGUUAUGUCGGCGUUCGGCGCUUUUUUUUGGUACUGGUGUCGUAUGGUGCCGGUUCCCUUUUCUUUUACUAAUAUCUGGUGACUAAAUUGCCCGGCUACCCAACAGUGGUCCGAUAAAGCGA